CACAGGUGGACGUAGGCCCUACCAUACGGACUGCAACUCAACGCCUGAGAAUCGUCAAAUAAAUUUCGCUGAUUUCACACAACGCCUCCACUUGAGAACCGGCUAGCCCGCUCGUUCUACUGUGUGCUCGCAACCAUGAGAAGCGCUCUACUACCCCGGCCUCGCGUCGGCCUGCAACGCUCCGUGGCCCCGUCGAGGAGACCGGCCGUCGCUCAGUGCUGCUUCGGCCCGCGCAACCUCUCCCUGGGCUCCAAGUGCCCCUACCGCGUGCUUGGCCUCACGCCUGACGAGAGUGUGGACGACGAGAGCAUCAAGGUGGCCUUCAGGCGCAAAGCCAAGCAGAUGCACCCUGACGUCUCUGACGACCCUCUCGCGGCACUCUCUUUCAUGGAGGUCCAGCACGCGUACCAGACGCUGCUCGACCCCGAGAAGCGCGCCAAGUACGACAAGUCGCUGCAGGCGCCCCGCGCCAACAGCCAGGUGCUGUCGUACCUCAACGCCCGCUCCGCGGCGCGCCACGGCGUGCCGCCCAGCCGCGUGCCCAGCCGCGCGCCCUACAUGGACCGCCCGGAGCUCUACUCGACCAUGCUGGAGCUGCUGCAGCAGGUCAAGUCCUGCGCCAAGCACCUAGAAAAGGAGAUUACCGGCAAGGACGGGCGCAGAGCCAGCGCAUCGUCGGGCGCCGGCGCGUCCUUCGCGCGCGCCGCCGCCUCCGGCGCCGGCACCGCGCAGUACUACGGCGGCAGCGACAGCAGCAGCUACGCGAGCAUGGGCAGCAUGGACGGCCUGCCGCCCAGCGCAGCAGCGGCGGUGGCCGCAGCGGCGGCGGCAAGCAACAGCAGCAGCAGCGGCUCCAGCGGCCGCGACUCGCCGUUCUCCUCGGAGCCGCCGUGCGUCGGCCGCCGCGUGGUGGUGGACGCCGACUGCGGCGAGGCCGAGUGCUGCGAGCCGUGGCUCUACUACGCCGCCGCGGCGGCUGAGGAGCAGGAGCAGGCCCAGGCACGCCGGACGACGGCAGCCCGCCGCCGCGCGUAGAGGCAGCUGCCUCCUGCAGCUAGGUGUAGAGGCCUGCUGCCACUACUGGUUGAACGGCUGGCUGAUGCAGAGUUGGGCUUAGUGCAGGGCGCCGGUGCGGCGUGUGGUGCUCCGUGCCGCUUGCCGACCGGCCGCCAAUGAAGAGCAUGCCGGGAAGAGUCGCCCGCGGAGGGCGGGCGGCUUUCGGUUUUGUUCAGGGCGGGCAGGGAGCGUCCUUGCACGCUGGAGCGUAGCUGUCUUAACGCACUGAUGUAUGCAAACUCUGCACCCGCCUGCUUUAUUAUGCCGUCUGCCUAUUAUGCCGUCUGCCAGGCGGGGUGUUGAUGUUGUUUGUUCGCCGCCCUGUAUGAGGGACGUGCUAUGAUUAUUAUUUGGUUAGCGCGCUGCUUGCAAUGAGCAGGUGUGGGAGGUGCCACGCCUUUCAGUACAGAUUGAGCAGUACCGCUCGCCGGGUGUGUUAGAUUAUCAUAGCCAAUGGACUGUGUGGGCAAAACUACAGGUCGGGUGUUCGUAUGCUCGAGACAGGACACGUGCCAUGUGUACUUGUUGGACCACCAAUCUGCAGGCCGAUACUGGGCCGUUGACGCGUUACCUUUUAUGACCUGUGGACGGUGAAUUCGAAAGACCCAUAAAGCUUGCGGCUCACAAGGUCCUUUUGUGUUUGUGUGUCGUGGAGCAUUGGUGGUGCGACGCCCAGCCCAUGCCGCGUGCGUGUCAUGUCCCUGACGGGUGGGCAGGCUCUCUGCCCGCCCAGCUUUAGGGGGCCGUGACGCGGCUGGCCGCGAGGGGCACGCCACGGUACAGGGGUUGCACUGGCGAGGUGUUUGGGGGGUGCGUCGGUGUUGAUGUGUUUCGUCGUUCCCCGUAAGGGAGGGGGAGUACCCGAUGGACGCGCCUGCAGGAGAGGCCCGCCACAGGUAGUGCGUGUGCUCAAUGAGGGGUGGUGCAGGAGGCAUGGCCAAGCAUGCAGAUAGUGCACGGGGCCUCAGGGCUGCCGGUCGUGGGUCUUGCCGCCCAUGGGCGCACAAAGCCGGCAGCCCUGGGUGCCGCUGAGCAGAGAAGAAGGAAGAAGAAUUGUCAUCGAGCGCGAGAGUUGAGUGCACCAUCAUCGAGGAGACGUGGCGGGGAUUCUAGGGCGGAGCGGGCGCCGAGGGGGUAGGCUCGCUAGCUGUCUGUUGGGCGCGAGAGCGGGCCAGGACGGGGCCGCGCAUGCACGGACGUUGGUUGAGAGAUGCCGUGGUAUGGCGGGCGCAGUGCAAGUUGGGACAUACAUACUAGUCACGGGGUAGUUGGGUUGGCAAGAGCACAGAACGAAUGCACGUUAGGAGGACGUUUGGGCGCAUGUGGCGAGGAGCAGUGGUUGCGCUCGUAGACGUGAUGCCCAGUGAUGCCCACAGGGUACUCCAGAUUUGCGGGAUUUAGUUUUGUUGCCUUUCGGUGAAUAGGACGUGCGCGAGGUGGAGGCGAGGGGUGUGAAUAGCGAUAGCUGGCGUCAUAAUAAGCGCCGGCACAUUCCCGCCGUCGCACGCGCCAUAGUAAUUCCUUUGUCCUCCGCACUAUUACUGAAACGUUGAUGCUUGCGGCGUGGUGGCUGCAAGGCGAGAGUGGUCGUGUGCUGCGGUGGUUGCCGCAGUCGCGGCCCCUCGAGCCCUGUUGGGGAACCCGCUGGCGGCUGGCGGAGUAGGUCGCGGGAGGCUGACACUGUGGUGUGUGUUUGGACAAUGUUUGUCGAUGGGCGUUACCGGCCCCGACGUAGGUGGGUGGUCAGUUUGUGGUGUAAACGGGUUUGAGGAACUUCUUGAUGAUGAUGGCAAAUGCCCGCCCCUUUGCGGUGUUGAGGGUUGUUUACUGGUCAAGCCACAUGGAUGACGGCAGGGAAGCCCAGUGAUGGUUGGGUUGCAAUUUCUGUGGGUUGCAUGUUUGAGUUUGGAUGGUGACAACGCGAAGGGUGAGCAGCAUGUGAAGAAGACACUCAGACUGUUAAUUCUUGCGAAGAAAUAUGCGCAUGUGAAGGGCUGACAUAUUGCUCUUCAGGAAAGCCCUGGUGCCUGGGCCUGUACAACACUGUACAACACGACCGUGUAAAACAUCAGAGAU